AUGCCCCAGUCCUCCUCUUUAGAUACGAGGAAAACUUCUGCUUACCAUUCUAUUCUCGAGAACCACUUAUCAAACAAGAGUAGCGAGUCUAAAAAUUUUGUGAUCAUAGAUGAAUUCAGAUAAUAAACUCUCUGGUAUCGAAGGUAAAUGUUUCAAUAGAAACAGUAAAACAGCAUCAGCAGAAUCAAUCAAUAUAAUGCCUCAUCAGUCAGCUAUGAUUUGCAGCAAGUCAAUUCCAAACAUGAAGCGGGCUAAAGCAUCAUACUAAAUCCUAGGGAGCCUUAGUAUCAGUCCUAGUUCUCAGCUGAUGUAAGAUCACGAAUCCCUCCACCACUAAGUGGCUCAGAGAAUCAGCAACUAUAGAUUUAACAGGAUGAUCUUCCAAAGUAGUUAAUGGAUAUAAGGUAUAUGAAUAGCAACAAUAAAAUUGGCUCUUCAUACAAGCAAAACUACUAUAAUUAGGCCACUAACAAUCUCGAUGAUUUCACAGGAAGGAAGUAUUUUAAUUAUGAUGAAAUUGAUUUGAGAGAGCAAAAAAGCAAAAGUUUUGUGCUUAAUCGAAGUAUUUAAAAAAGCAAGAAGGAGCUAAUUAGAGAGAUUAAUAAUCAAGCGAUGGAGCCUUGGAACGACGACAUGAAUGAUGAGUAUUUGCAUAUAUUCUCAAGAGAUGCUGAGAACUAGCUGCAAAAAAAAAAGGAUUUGAAGAUCAUUACUAAAAAUAUUGAGUAACUUAACAAAUAAAUAGAAAAGUAAAACUAAAACUAAAAUUAAAAAUAAGAACAUGAGAUUAUAAGUAACAAUUUAUCAAAAGUUAAUACAGUUGUGGUAAGCAGCUCCCUUUAAUAUGAGAUCGAUGAUACCCAGUUGAAUACCUAUGAUGGAACUUAGCAGCAUAAUAGUGUAAAGAAGUAAGCUGUAUCUGCUCCCAAGUUGUAAUCUAUUAAUUAAAGCUUGACCUAGCAGCAGCUUAAGCAUAAAGUAAUCAAGCCAGCCAUAAUUUAGAUUCAGACUUCAAGUCCAAGAAAAACCAGAGUAUUUGAGGAGAUCAAACAGAACUACUAUCCAACUUUGGAAGAAGUAAUGAAGCAAGGUAAAGAGUCAACUGGAAGGUCUAAGAUAAGAAGAACUCUCACUACUACAACUUCGCCCUAGAAGCUAUAUCGUAAUUACAAUCAUCAGCAGACUCUGAAUAAGUCUCCAAGUGUAGAGCCGUAAUUUGAGGUUCAGCCUUAUAAGGAAGCAUCUCUGUAAUUUGGAUAGAAGCACAUCCGUAAUAUUGUAGAGCAACUUAGCCUUAAUGCUUCACAAUCCUCUUUAGUAAAUAAGUUAAAAAGUAGAUCAUCUUCAAUGAAUGAAAACAUACAGGAGAUCAUGUAAAAUAAACUAAAGACUUAUAAAAAUAAGAGAAAAGUUUUAAAGAAGGGCAAAUCCUUGGUAUCAAAUGAGCAUUUAUAGUCAAAGCACUCUAUAACUAUCCAAGCUAAAAAUAGAGCUAUUUUGAAUGAUAUUUAAUCUAAGUACUAGGAUAUUUCACUUACUCCUUAAAGGGGGGAUUAGGACUUGAAAAACUAAUUAGGCAACAAAUCCUAGAGAUCUUUGUCUACAGAAAAUCUGAAUAAGAGUAAAUUAAACUAUAGUAAAAUACGCAGGCAACAGUAUUAAGAUAUAAUCAAGCAGAGCCAAAAAUACCUUCCUGAAUACGACUCAUAAAAGUCCUAAUAGCUUUUAAACAUUGGUAACUACUAUGAGAAAGUCUAAGAGAACAAAAGCCUCUAUCAGCAUUCACUUUAGGAUAUUGGACCUCUAAGAAAUCUGAUAAAGAAUAAAAUCUCACAUAUAAUUGAUUUAUCUAAGAUACCCAAUCAUCAAACUCUGGAUAUUACUUAAUACCUUAAAUCCAUAAAUGUAAAAAGUGGUAAUACCAUAGAUCCAAAUUCAUAACAGCAUUCUUAAGACUAGGAAAAAAAGAAUAAGUUCAAAAUAAACAAUAAAGUACCUGUGAUAUAGCAGUCUCAAGGUAAAAUAGACAUUUAGACUCUUGAACAGAUACAAAAAACUGACACAUUAUUUGCUAAGAGUAUUUAUUUAAGCAAGUAAUAUAGAAUGAAGUUCGGAGGAGGUUAGAAUAAAUUAUCAUAAGAUGGAGGGGCUGGAAAUGAAAAUGAGAUUGAGUCUAGCAAAUAAAGUAGGAAACUUAGAAAUGCCAGUAUUCUGCAACCUUCUCACAGUCUUAGCACCUCAUUACCACAAUUAAGUAAUGCCUAUAAAAAUUAGAGUAGACUUUCUACCAAGUAUAUUUGA